AUGGCCGCCCUGGAGCCAGGAGAUGGGGUGCGCACUGAGAACCUAGCGCAGACGGGAGAAGCAGCCGCGAAGCCCCCGCACCCGCCGGAAAGCGAGCCUGCGACGGCGCCGGGCUCUACCGCCGUCUGUCGCAAAACGCGCUCGGGCCGCUUGACGGCAGCGGGGGCGGGCCCGCGGGCCGCGUGGCCCCGCCCCGCUCCGGAGCAGCGCGGAUUUGAGGCCGCCCACCGGCUGCAGCACGUAGGUCCUGCCAACGGGGACAUUGCCCCGAAGACCGCACUACAACCAUUCAGUAAGGACCCAUCGGCCGCCCGCAGACACCGCCUGAGUCCCCCACUUGUCCCAGCAGCGACAGUGCAGGACCCCCACGGGGCACUGAGCUGCCAGCGCUCUAAUCUCUCAGGCAGACGUUGUGAUUCCGUGGGGAGUCGCGAUCCGCUCACAGCACAGGAAGGUGGUGUGGAGACGACCCGUUCUGCACAGCGGCUGACGCUCAGCAAGGUGGCCAGGGAGCCUGUGCUGGACACCUUAGUUCAGAUCCUGGCUCGCUGUGACAUCACAGUGCUGCAGGAGGUGGUGGACUCUACUGGCAGUGCCAUCCCACUCCUGCUUCGAGAACUCAAUCGAUUUGAUGACUCUGGGCCCUACCGCUUCCUGAGCAGCCACCUGCUGGGGCGUGGCACGUACAAGGAGAAAUACGUGUAUAUCUACCGGUCACACAGGGCGCAGGUCCUGGAUUCCUACGUGUACGACGAUCAGAAUGACCUCUUUGCCCGGGAGCCCUUUGUGUGCCGGUUCUCUUUGCCCAGCAAGGUCCUUCCCAGCCUGGUGCUGGUCCCACUGCACACCACGCCGAAGGCCGUAGAGACGGAGCUCAACGCCCUGUACCACGUGUUUCUGGACGCCUCCCAGCGCUGGCAGAGCGAGGACGUGAUCCUGCUUGGGGACUUCAACGCUGACUGUGCUUCACUGACCAAAAAGCGCCUGGAUGACCUAGUCCUUCGGACUCAGGCUGGCUUCCACUGGGCCAUCCCUGAUGGCGUGGACACCACGGUGCGGGCCAGCACCCACUGCACCUACGACCGCAUAGUGCUACACGGGGAGCAUCUGCAGAGCAUGCUGCGCGGCGCAGCCGCCUUCGACUUCCCCCAGAGCCUCGGGCUCACCGAGGAGGAGGCCCUCAACAUCAGCGAUCACUACCCCGUGGAGGUGGAGCUGAGCUGCGCGGUGCACGGGGCCCAGACCCUCAGCCUGGCCGCUCUGUUACCGUCACUGCUGCUGCUCCUGUCCCCCCAGCUGGGCCUGGUGGCCUGAAGCCACCGCAUGCCAGCUGCCCAGUUGCGAGGACUAUGCCGUUUUCUGGACUCAACCCCCCCGUUCUAUCCUGCCCUGCCACUCCUCUAUGCCCUGCCACUCCUCUAUGUGCCUUUGCUUUGGCCUGUGCUUGGCAUGAGAAUGUGGAAGAGGAAGGCAGGAGCCCUGAGGCUGGAACCACGCCACUCUAAGCCCAGGUAGUGUCAGGAGUGAGGACAAAAGGCAGGCUCCAGGGCUGGGGUGGGGGAACGAAAAUCCCCCAUGCUGCAAUGAAGAUCCCACGUGUCACAACUAAGACCCCGAUGCAGCCAAAUAAAUAAAUAUUUAUUGUAUGCCAAGACCAUACACGCUGAGAACAGAAAGCUCGAUUGCAGGGAUAUUACAUGUGUGUAGCAGACAUGGCAAAGGGUCAUCUUUAUCAUACGUGGGACUCACAUGAAGCAAGACCCGACUAGAUACAGGGACGGAGCUAAACAGUUCACACACACACACACACACACUAAGUAGUCCACAGGAAAUGUUUAAGUUCAUUGUAACCCAGCUAGCUGCCCUGACACCUCGGAGGCUGGUUACCAACCCUACAGGUGCACACAAAGCAUCUGCAUAAACCACUUAUAGUAUCUACAGAAGUCACCGUGCAUGCAACCCCCCAGGGGAAAGGAAUACAGGAUACUACAGCCGCAGCAACAAUGACCCCACUUAG